CAGCGGCGCGCCCGGGUUUUCUGGCCGCUCCGCCCGCCGGCUCGAAGCAGGUCGCCACGGGCUGGCACGCGCCACCCGGUCCCGGAGUAAAUAGGGAGAGACUCUCCCGAGCACCUUAAAUAGAGUCCAAGUGGGCGGGCAACUGCCCCGCGCCGCCUGCUCAUGUCUCUGCUAAGCCGAGUGUCCCGCCGCCUGGCACAGCUGCGCGCAGCGGGGCAGCUGCUGGUCACCUCGCGCCCCCGGCCCGGCCCCUCGGGUCCCACGCAGACCCGCAGCAGUGCGUGCGGCCCUCCGGCGUCCCUGGGCGUUCCCGGCCCCCGCGCGCGGACCUCAGCGGGAGUUGGGGCUUGGGGGGCGGCGGCGGUGGGGCGGAGACCCGGGGUGCGCACCUGGGCCCCCCUGGCCAUGGCGGCGAAGGUGGACCUGAGCACCUCCACCGACUGGAAGGAGGCAAAAUCCUUCCUGAAGGGCCUGAGUGACAAGCAGAGGGAGGAACAUUACUUCUGCAGAGACUUUAUCCGGCUGAAGAAGAUCCCGACCUGGAAGGAGACUGCAAAAGGGGUGGCAGCAAAGGUGGAGGAGCCCAAGUUCAAGAAGGACAAGCAGCUCAAUGAGAAGAUCUCCCUGUUCCGUGGUGACAUCACCAAGCUGGAGGUGGAUGCCAUCGUCAACGCCGCCAACAGCUCCCUGCUUGGAGGUGGAGGUGUGGACGGUUGCAUUCACCGGGCCGCCGGACCCCUGCUCACCGACGAGUGCCGGACCCUGCAGCACUGCGAUACCGGCAAGGCCAAGAUCACCAGUGGCUAUCGACUGCCGGCCAAGUACGUCAUCCACACGGUGGGGCCCAUUGCCCACGGGGAGCCCAGCGCCAACCAGGCUGAGGAGCUCCGCAGCUGCUACCUGAGUAGCCUCGAUCUGCUGCUAGAGCACCGGCUCCGCUCGGUGGCGUUCCCUUGCAUUUCCACCGGCGUGUUUGGUGAGUGGGGUCUGGAAGAAGAGGGGAAUGGGAAGUGGACUCCCACACGCAGGGCGCGGCGGGGAGUGGGCGGGCCUAGACACAGCGGGGCGGGGCGGUUGACGCAGGUGGAUCGGCUGAUCAUCUGCGUAUUCCUUGAGAAGGACGAGAACAUCUACCGGCAGCUGCUGCCCCACUACUUCCCCGUGGCCUGAGGCUCCCCGCAGCCCAGCCUGAGCAGGACUGACCUGUCCAGGCCUGCAGGACCUCGCUCCCAGCUCUGAGAGGUAGCUGAAGCCUGCGGUCUGGGCCUGGGCAAGGCCAAGCUGUUCUUUCCUUCAGCUCCACACCCCACCUCGCUCCCCCCUCCCUGCCCCUAAGGAGCCUCUUAAUAAAAUGACUAUUUCAGCUCCCAA